AUGUUUGUUAAGUAUAUACUACUUGUAGUAUUAAUUAUUGUGAAUAUUGAUCGUCAAAUCAAUUCACAAACGACAUGUCAAACAGUGUUGGAUUUGAUCAUUCUUCUUGAUGGCUCUGGAAGUAUUGGAAGUGCUCCAUUUGCUCAAGCUAAAAGUGCUAUGGUUGAUUUAGUUAAUCGAUUAAAUGUGGGACCACAGAAAGUACACGUUAGUAUACUUCGCUACGCGUCAACUGUUGAAGAUUCAUAUGUAUUCAAUAAAGUUGGUAGUAAUCAAAUGAAAGAUCAAAUAGUUCGAGUUAUCAAUAAUUUACAAUAUAAUGGUGGUGGAACAGCAACUGGUGAAGCAAUACAACGUGCAAGAAAUGUAUGUGAUUCAGCAUGUCGAAAUCAAGAAGAAUUGGUACCACGUGCAGUUGUCCUAUUUACCGAUGGUCAAAGUAAUGAUCCUAAUUUAGUUAGAAUACAAAGUGAAUUUUUAAGAGAAAAUACUAAAGCCGUUGUAUUUGCUGUUGGAAUUGGAAGUGGUAUCAAUAAUGCUGAAUUACAACUAAGUGCAUCAACACCAUAUAGUAAAUAUGUCUUACAUUUACAAAAUUAUUUACAAUUAACACAAGUUAUUAAUCAAAUAACAUUAGUAGCAUGUAAUGUUCCAGCAUUUAAUGAGCCAGGUGUAGUCUAUAAGAAUGAAGUAGAUAAAGAUACAUACCGAUUUUAUCGAACGAAUAUAAAAGGCUUACGUUCAGGCUUAGGUGGAUUUAUGGAAAUUGCUGUCAAUAUCACUCAAGGCAAUGUACAAGUAUUUACAUCAACAACAGAGGCAAAUCCAACAAGUGACAAUAGUAAGCGAGCAGUUGUUCAAUCACAUGAUGCUAAAAGUACAACUGAUAUUUAUAUGGAAUACUUACCACCCGAUACUCAAAUAUUUUAUUCCAGUUUCAAAGGUAUGGCUAAUGCAAACCAGUAUACAUUUGUCUCAAGAGUAGUGGAUAUUAACGGCGCUGCAAUUGGUUAA